AUGGCCUCUUCGAUUCCCUCGGCGGGGUUGCCCGCGACUUUGGCCAGCAACUUGACUGAUUUCGCCGGCAAUGUCGUCAGCGUCAUCAGUCCGUACAUUCCAGAUGCCAUCAAAUCCAACCUCAACUCGCUUGCAUCGUCCAAGUUGACACAGGAAAUGACGAAGAGCUGGAACUGGGCCGCGUACUCUUCUCUUCUCGUUGCAAGCAUCUACGUCUUCGACUGGGGAGCGAAGUCGCGUCGCGACAAGAGGCUUCGCGAUUUCGGCUCCCCGCCUCCUCUGGUUCCCUUCAAGGCCCCAUUUGGAAUUGACUUGGCUGUGUACUCUUUAUACAGAUUCUUCAAGUUCACCUUCUUCGAGCUUGUCAACAGCUGGCUUGAGGCCGUGCCUGGCCGUACCGUCGAGAUGCGCAUGUUCGGAACAGGCCUUAUCUUCACUGAUGAGCCUGCCAAUAUCAAGGCGAUCAUGUCCACAGAGUGGUCCAGCUUCGGAAGAGGCGAAGUCACUAAGCGUAUCUGGGGAGACAUGCUGGGAGAAACGCAGAUCUUCGUUGUGGACGGAGAAGACUGGCACAACAGCAAAGAGCGCAUCAAGGGGCAUGUUAUGAAGAUGCGCUCGGACGAUCUUGAGAUCACCGAGAAGCAUGCUCAGCAACUCUUCAAGCGUUUCGACGUGGGCAAGCCCAUCGAGGUCUACGAUGUCGCCGACCGUUACCAGCUCGAUGUAGUCUCUGAGGUAUUCUUCGGCGAGUCUGCCGACUCUCUCACUGGGCACCACCCUUUCAGAGAUCCCAUGGAAACCCUGCAUCCCAUCAAUACGGCGCGCAUGUUGUUCGGAAAGAAUGCCUACUACAUCAAGGACAAGUACCUGGCACCCAAGGCUUUGAAGGAAUUGAACGGCUACACCUCGGGCAUCGUCGAUCGCGCGUAUGCGAGAGACUUGUCGAAGAAGUCGCCGGAAGAUUACAAUAUGUUGGACGAUCUUGUGAGCCAGAAGAAGAGUGUUAAGGAUCCCUCAGCCAUUCUAAUCGCCUGGGCUAUCUUCCUGAUGGGCAAGUACCCAAACGUCAUGAAGAAGAUGCAAGCCGAGGUUGCGCGAGUAUCUGGCGACAAGCCACCUUCUGCAUCUGAUCUCAAAGAGAUGACCUAUAUCCGACAUGUCAUCAAUGAGACUUUCAGAUUAUAUCACCCUCUUGGCAUGAACGUUCGUAUGGCCCUGAAGGACGCAACAUUGCCGAUCGGUGGAGGGAAGAGUGGUAGAGACCCAGUUGCAGUUCCCAAGGAUACAACUAUCAUCUACUCUCUCGGUGGUCUUCAACGCCGUAAAGACAUUUAUGGCGAAGAUGCGCUCGAGUUCCGACCUGAGCGUUGGGAGGGAGCUAACAUUAAUCGCUGGCACUUUAUCCCGUACAACCAUGGUCCUCGUCACUGCUUGGGUCAAAAGUUUGGCCAGCAGCAGAUGGAGUACAUCCUGGCGAGAAUUUGCCAAGAGUACCAAGAGAUUAGGAUUCCCGCCGGGCAGCCCGAGCAGCAGAUCCGCAUUGAGUUGAACUUGAAGAUGGCACACCCUUGUAUGUGUGAGUUUAUCAAGAAGGCCAAAGGUAACUAA